GGAGGAAGCCUGGGGCAGGACCUGCGCCAGUGGCUGCUGGGCACAGUAUGGAGCAUCCCAGCAAGAUGGAGUUCUUCCAGAAGCUGGGCUACGACCGGGAGGACGUGCUCCGGGUGCUGGGCAAGCUGGGCGAGGGCGCCCUGGUCAACGACGUGCUGCAGGAGCUUAUCCGCACGGGCAGCCGCCCGGGGGCGCUGGAGCACCCGGCUGCACCCAGGCUAGUGCCUCGGGGCUCCUGUGGGGUCCCGGAUUCCGCACAACGGGGCCCGGGAGAAGCCCUGGAAGAGGACAUCAGAGGCCUGGCCAAUUCCCUGCGACCCAUAGUGAUUGAUGGCAGCAACGUGGCGAUGAGCCAUGGAAAUAAAGAAACCUUCUCUUGCCGGGGAAUCAAGCUGGCUGUGGACUGGUUCAGGGACAGAGGACACACCUACAUCAAAGUUUUUGUUCCUUCCUGGAGGAAGGACCCACCAAGAGCUGACACUCCUAUCAGAGAGCAGCACGUGCUGGCGGAGCUGGAGCGGCAGGCGGUGCUGGUGUACACGCCGUCCCGCAAGGUGCACGGGAAGCGCCUGGUCUGCUACGACGACCGCUACAUCGUGAAGGUGGCCUACGAGCAGGACGGCGUCAUCGUCUCCAACGACAACUACCGGGACCUGCAGAGCGAGAACCCCGAGUGGAAGUGGUUCAUCGAGCAGAGGCUGCUCAUGUUCUCCUUCGUCAACGACCGGUUCAUGCCUCCUGAUGACCCCCUGGGCCGCCACGGACCCACCCUGAGCAACUUCCUGAGCAGGAAGCCGAAGCCCCCAGAGCCAUCCUGGCAGCAUUGUCCCUAUGGCAAGAAAUGCACCUACGGCAUCAAGUGCAAGUUCUACCACCCGGAGAGGCCGCACCACGCGCAGCUGGCGGUGGCCGACGAGCUCCGCGCCAAGACUGGGGCCCGGCCUGGCGCUGGCACCGAGGAGCAGCGGCCUCCGAGCGCCCCAGGCGGCCCUGCAGAAGCCCGGGCGGUCCCCCGGGAGCCGAUUGCUCACAGCCUCCCGCCAGCGCGGGGAUCCCUGGACCUGGCUGCCCUGCGGGGGAGCUUCUCUCGCCUGGCCUUCAGCGACGACCCGGGGCCCCUGGGGCCGCCUCCUUCGAGCCCUGCCUGCGGCCUCGCGCCCCGACUGGGCGGGCCCGACUGGGUGUCCGCUGGUGGCCGGGUGCCCCGGGUCUCGCCGUCUUCGCGGGCCGGCGGCGCUGCCACCUCCGAGCUGCCCAGCCUUGGGGCGCCGGGGCCAGGCCCACCCGGCCUCCCUGGCCCUCAGAACCCGUUCUCCCUGGGCGACCUCCCGCCCCCGCCCGGUCUGCAGCUCCAACCGCGGGGCGAACACCGCCCCAGGGAUCUGCACGGGGAUCUGCUGCCCCGGCUCAGGCCGCCCGACGACCCAUGGGCCCGUCCGCCCAGCUCCGACCGCUUCCCGGGGUGCUUGGCUUGGGCGGAGCCGGCCUGGGGCGAUGGCGCUACUGGGGGACUCUCAGGGUACUCUGCAGAGGACGGCGAGGGGGACGCGCGCGCCCUGGCUCGCCUCGCUCUCUACAGCGUCUUUCCGCGCGACCACGUGGACCGCGUGAUGGCCGCGUUCCCCACGCUCUCCGACUUCGACAGGCUCAUCCUCCUGGUGCAAAGAUCCCAAAGCGCGCGGGCGCCCCUGGGCAAGCCCUAAGGGACCACCAC